AGGAAAUAUUAUACUUCAGCAUGAGGAAUUACCACUGGUUUCCCAGGACAAGUUUAUGGAGCAGCCAGCAUCAAACAGAUUUGAUUUCAUAAUUUAAAUGUCCCCCUUAAUUUAAUUCAUUUUUGCUUUGAGGUGGAUUAUUUUGUUGGAAAAGCUGUGUGUGUGUGUGUGUGUUCAGUGGCUAAACAGAAACAGAGCAAUAGACAUUGCAGCACUACAGUCCAAGCAGAUGUGAAUCAGUCUUGGAUCUUAACCUGCUGUGUUAAAUUGGGAUGGAGAAAGUAAUCAACUGUUUCAAGAAAAGGCCAGAGGCAGUGGCCAGGCUGAUCUGCUUCCCCUGGGCAGGUGGAGGGUCCAUACACUAUGCACGCUGGGGAAACGUCCUCAACAGCUCUAUCGAAGUGUUUGCUGUCAAACUUCCAGGCAGAGAGAGUCGAGCCAAAGAGCCGUUCUUUCAGAGCAUGCAGCAGAUUGUGGACGAGGUUAUUGGUGUGUUGUUACCGGUGCUGAAGGAGAAGCCGUUUGCUCUCUUUGGCCACAGUUUUGGUGCCUUCACGAGUUUCGCUGUGGCAGAUGCUCUGAAGAAACUCCACAACCUCGAACCUGUUCAUAUCUUCCUGUCCGGUGCCUCUGCACCUUAUUCAGAAACGCGCAUCAAAGCCCCAAAGAGAAGCGAGUUAUCAGAUGAUGAUUUUCUCAAGUGGUUGAUUUCGAUUGGAGGAACUCCUCCUGAACUUCUGGCCAACCCUGAAGUCUUGAAGCUCUUCCUUCCCACUCUAAAAGCCGACCUUCACAUUGUGGAGAACUACAGGUGUAACAAGCCGGACAAUUCAUUCCUGUCCUGCCCAGUCACAUGCUUUGAUGGAAAAGAUGACAUUCCUCAUGAUUUACAAGCUUGGAAAGAGAUCACAUCAGGAGAUUUCACUAUCAGGAUGCUCGAUGGAUCUCACUUUUACCUGAAGGAUUCUGGAAAUGAAAAAAUUAUAUUAGACUAUGUCACAAAGUAUCUGGAAACAUCAGAAAUGGACUAUUUAUAAUGAAAUAUGUAAAAUUACGGCACAGUCAGUGUUUGUGUCUAAUUCCUUUAAUUUUUAUUUUUUUUACUAAUUCAUUAUGAUGGAAUUUAAUUCUGUACAUUUCAGAGGUUCAACAUUUGUUGUCUAACAAAACAAUGUGUAGUUUUUAAGGCUGAGUAUGCCAUUAAAAAUAAGGUAUCCAGAUUUCCCUCCUUAAUUUACCAUAAAAUUGAAGGCAUGGACACAGAUUUUCUUUAUGUUUAUUUCCAAAUCCAUAUUUUAAAAUGCAUACAGUUCAAAACCAUGCCCAGUCAGUUAAAGUGUUCUUUGUUGGAGCUACAUGAAAUGUCUGUAACAGGUGGCAUGUGCCCAGAUUUGAGAUGGUGGACAUGUCCAUAAAUUACAAACUUCACUUCU